AUGGACAAACAUCUUCCUCUACUCUUAUGUGUAGGGGAUAUAUGUCGCGUGUGUCGUUCAGAGGGGACCCCAGACAAACCCCUGUACCACCCCUGUGUCUGUACCGGAAGUAUCAAGUUCAUCCACCAGGAAUGGUGAGUGUCUCUCUCUGUCUUGACUCAAUCACUGUCAACUCCUGUCCUGAAGAAUGAUUGACAUGGCUUGGGACCAUGCAGUCGUCAGGAACAAUUUCAAAGAUUGUCAAUGAAUUGGGACCUCAAGAUUGUUUUACACUUAAGUGCACUUAUUAUCAGGAGUCAACUAUAUACUGUAUGUAGGCCUAGUAUUUAUAGUCAGAAUAUACCUAGCCCCCUACACCCGCUCCCAAUACUAGCCAUAGAGAAACCUACUCACUCCUCUGAUAUAAUGGCCGUAGGAGAAUAACAUUUGAGGAAGUAAUGUUGAUAUAAAGACACAGCAUAGGGGUUGGCUAUUGCCUAACAUGCUGACCCCCACCGCUCGUGUCGCGUGCGCGAGCGCUGCAAAAUACAUGUACACACAUGUUAUUCAAUCAUUGCAUCCACACUGCUCGCAUGCGGCAAUGAGCGUCUGCGUAGCCAGGUGCUAAAAUAGAACUUGGUUCUAUUUGUGACGUGCUGCAAGUCCCGCUUCUCCCAUCUUCUCAUUGGUUUUUAGGAGCAUAUAACCACGUGGGUGAUUGAAAGAUGAACUUGAGGUCCACACUCCAGUCCAGUUGGUUGUGGUAAUGCACCUUAAAGUUGGUUGCAAACCGACAUAUAAAGUCUAAAGAAGGAGGAAAGAUUACUAGAAACGAACUUACUAGAAACGAAACCCCUUUUAUCUGUGUAUUAAUUGUUAGAGUAGAGGACCUUGUGCAUUUCAGGUAAAAUAACAACUAAAUGUUUAUAUCCCAGGACAAAUUAGCUAGCAACAGCAAGCUAGCUAACUAAAUUGCCAUAAAUGUUUAAUGGUUUUCGACCUGUCCCCAAAUUAAUAUAGUUGGUUCAGAGUUCCUUUUGAUAUUUCAACCUGCGUGUCCUGAUCGCGUCUGGUGUGGGUGGACAAAAUCAACACGCGGUCUGGUCAGCAUGUAAGACGAUGAUAAAAGACUGUCCUGAGGCGAUGACGUUGGCCUGCGUCCAAGUGAUCAUCCCUCUGAUGUCUCUGCUAUCACAGCUGUUUUCUCUGUGGAUCUAACAAAGGGGAAAACGAUUAGCUAGGUGUGCCAAAAUAACGCGAAGGAUAAAAGACUGAACAUUUCUGAUCUGUCAUUUACUGUGCUAGAACUCAGAAUCGUGAUGAGAAGCAGUCUGAACACUAUUGAACUACUAUAAUGUGGUUUACCGUCAUGGUUUACUACCGCAGGCCCAGAUUUUGAAACAUGAUAAAAGCCUUCAGGUUACUACAGGCGUGGUUACACAUACGUGGAAGUUAAAGCUUGGUCGCAAAUGGGUCUUCUAAAUGGACAAAAACUGAGUUUAAAUGUAUUUGGCUAAGGUGUAUGUAAACUUCCGACUUCAACUGUACGUGGUCUGCUGAUCCGGGUAGAGUAGUGCAUUGGAGCACUGUGUCAUCAUUCCAUUUCUGGGAACAUCUGCUCUGGCACAAUAUCACUGAUCUUUGUGUGGUCCUCUGUAGCUCAGCUGGUAGAGCACGGCGCUUGUAACGCCAAGGGUUCGAUCCCCGGGACCACCCAUACACAAAAAUGUAUGCACGCAUGACUGUAAGUCGCUUUGGAUAAAAGCGUCUGCUAAAUGGCAUAUUAUAUUAUUAUAUUACAUCUUUAAUAGCCCCUGUUGGGUCAGAGUAGUGUGUCACACAUGAUUCAUUAAGAUGUACAGAUGGAUACCAUGUAACCUAGGACUAGUUAGUUACAUUUAACUUGGAUGUUUUGGUGUUAUUAACAUGUAGGACUAACUGGGCAGUAAGAACACUUUCAUGAUGAUUAAAAUCCGUGUUUUAUGAUCCUCUGUGUGGACCAGUUCUCAUUCACCAGGUGUGUGUGUGACAUACUCUCUCUCUCUCACUCACACACACUCACUCACUCAUCGCCCCAUGUGAGUUGGACUGAAUUUCUCUCCUUGAGUGAGAAAGAUGGUAUUUCAUGCCUGCUGUUGCAUACGUUAGUUCCUCACCUAACAUUCACCUCUCUUACCUUUGUUGUUGUUGUUGUCGUUUACAGUUUGGUCCAGUGGCUGAAGCACAGCAGGAAGGAGUACUGUGAAUUAUGCAAGCACAGAUUUGCUUUCACACCAAGUAAGUACCCAUCCAUGGCAUUGACCUGUCAGUCUCAGAAAUGUGCAAGAGGUUUACUUCAGACUGGGAUGCUCUGUCAUUGAAUACACUCCUAGAAAAAAGGGUUCUACCUGGAACCCAAAAGGGUUCUUCAAAGGGUUCUCCUGUGGGGACAGCCAAAGAACCCUUUUUAGGUUCUAGACAUAGAUAAGAAACGUCUCAACCUUUAUUGUCUCUCUGUUAUUCAAUACGUUUAAAACUUUGAACAUAAAUGAUUGUUUCAUCCCUCUCUCUCUCUGUCUGCUCUGCUCCAGUCUACUCCCCAGACAUGCCCACCCGCCUGCCCAUUCAGGACAUCUGUGCUGGCCUGCUGGCCAGUGUGGGCACGGCCAUACGAUACUGGUUCCACUACACACUGGUGGCCUUCGCAUGGCUGGGGGUGGUCCCCCUCACUGCAUGUGAGUAGAGUGAUGAUGUACACACACUCCUUAAUGCGUCAACUCUUUACUCUUAGGUACAAUAUCACUCACAUAAGAACCUGUACAUACCCUUAACCAGGGCUGCCCAACCCUCUUCCUGGAGAUCUACUGUCCUGUAGGUUUUCAGUCCAACCCUCUUCCUGGAGAUCUACUGUCCUGUAGGUUUUCAGUCCAACCCUCUUCCUGGAGAUCUACUGUCCUGUAGGUUUUCAGUCCAACCCUCUUCCUGGAGAUCUACUGUCCUGUAGGUUUUCAGUCCAACCCUCUUCCUGGAGAUCUACUGUCCUGUAGGUUUUCAGUCCAACCCUCUUCCUGGAGAUCUACUGUCCUGUAGGUUUUCAGUCCAACCCUCUUCCUGGAGAUCUACUGUCCUGUAGGUUUUCAGUCCAACCCUCUUCCUGGAGAUCUACUGUCCUGUAGGUUUUCAGUCCAACCCUCUUCCUGGAGAUCUACUGUCCUGUAGGUUUUCAGUCCAACCCUCUUCCUGGAGAUCUACUGUCCUGUAGGUUUUCAGUCCAACCCUCUUCCUGGAGAUCUACUGUCCUGUAGGUUUUCAGUCCAACCCUCUUCCUGGAGAUCUACUGUCCUGUAGGUUUUCAGUCCAACCCUCUUCCUGGAGAUCUACUGUCCUGUAGGUUUUCAGUCCAACCCUCUUCCUGGAGAUCUACUGUCCUGUAGGUUUUCAGUCCAACCCUCUUCCUGGAGAUCUACUGUCCUGUAGGUUUUCAGUCCAACCCUCUUCCUGGAGAUCUACUGUCCUGUAGGUUUUCAGUCCAACCCUCUUCCUGGAGAUCUACCGUCCUGUAGGUUUUCAGUCCAACCCUCUUCCUGGAGAUCUACUGUCCUGUAGGUUUUCAGUCCAACCCUCUUCCUGGAGAUCUACUGUCCUGUAGGUUUUCAGUCCAACCCUCUUCCUGGAGAUCUACCGUCCUGUAGGUUUUCAGUCCAACCCUCUUCCUGGAGAUCUACCGUCCUGUAGGUUUUCAGUCCAACCCUCUUCCUGGAGAUCUACCGUCCUGUAGGUUUUCAGUCCAACCCUCUUCCUGGAGAUCUACUGUCCUGUAGGUUUUCAGUCCAACCCUAACUUAGCGUAUCUGAUUCAGCUAGUUAAGGUCUUGUUGAGCAGCUAAUAAGUAGAAUCAGGUGUGUUAAAUUAGGGUUGGACUGAAAACCCACAGGACGGUAGAUCUCCAGGAAGAGGGUUGGGCAGCCCUGCACUAAGUUCACUAGCGCUGUGUACAUGGUUUUAUAGGAUCAGAAAUGGACCUUCUAUAAUAAUCUGUUGGGAUUUUCCCAGUUUAGUUAAUCCUACUGGUGUGUUGAUUUGUUUGUCCACUCUAUUAGGACAGGGAGGAUUACAAUACCAGGAUGAACCAAACAAUUACUUAGACUGCCCCCGUCGAAAAUACAUUUGGCCUCAGUACUAACCAAGAUCUUCCUUCCUGAAGGCCUACCUCUUUCUUCAGCGUGUCCUACCUUGGUGAGAUGACGCCCAUAGCACCUCUCUCUCUCUCUCUCCAGGUCGAAUCUACAAGUGUCUGUUUACCGGCUCUGUGACCUCGCUCCUGACGCUGCCAUUGGACAUGCUCUCCACGUGAGUCAUGACGUCAUAUCCUCCUCCUUCACCAAUCAGACUCUGUACCUCUUUCCUGUAUCAGAUGGUAUCACUGUUUAUUCAAGCUUACGUGUCGGCCUCUUGGCCUUCGUCAGAGCUCAUAGAUAUUAUGGCAUUAUUCCCAGUUUCGCAACAAGAUGUGUGAGUGCUUUUUUGUAGUUCUUUGACAUUUUCACAUCCUCCCUGUAGAGAUAACCUGCUGGCAGACUGUCUGCAGGGCUGUUUCGUGGUGACGUGUACACUGUGUGCGUUCAUUAGCCUGGUGUGGCUCAGGGAGCAGAUAGUCCAUGGUGGCCCCCCCCUGUGGCUGGAGCACCACCAGCAGCCCCAGCCCAACGCAGCCGGACAGCAGCCCAAUGAGGUAACGCACACACACACACGCGCACGCACACACACACACACACACACACACACACACACACGCGCACGCACACACACACACACACACGCACGCACACAUUUACAGCCCCUCCAUCCUGCAGGCUGCAGGUCAGGGAGCAGCUGAUGAUCCCCCUGCCAACCCGCCAGCUCACGAGGCAGAGCCAGAGCCCCCAGACGGCCCCCCAGAACAGGGGGAGGAGCCAGAACAAGACAACGAGGAAGAGGAGGGGGCGGCUGCCGAAGAUGCGGAUGCCAACAACGGAGCUCAGGGUAGGAGACUAGGGCCAGCACUCAGCUGAUGACCAACAUAUGGCAACAGCAAUACUAAGUUAUAUAGUAUGAGAUCUCUCUCUCUGCAUAUUAUUUCUCUCUAUCUUUCUCUCUCUCUAUUUUUCUCUAUCUUUCUCUCUCUGUCUGUAGAUGAUAUGAACUGGAAUGCUCUAGAAUGGGACAGAGCAGCAGAGGAGCUCACCUGGGAAAGGGUAAGACUGGUUUAGUUUCAGCAAUCUCCAACACAUCUGUGCUGAAUCAAGUGCAUGACACCCCACUGUCCAUGACUAUAUCAUCACCUCUUAAUGUCUCUCUCUUUACCUCUCAGAUGCUUGGACUAGAUGGCUCCUUGGUGUUCUUAGUACGUAUUUAUUUACACUUCUAGUAUGAAUCAUUAUUAACACACAUAGUAUGGAGUAGUAUUUAUACACCUAGUACGGUGUAGUAUUUAUUCACCUAGUAUGGAGUAGUAUUUAUACACCUAGUAUGGAGUAGUAUUUAUACACCUAGUAUGGAGUAGUAUUUAUACACCUAGUAUGGAGUAGUAUUUAUACACCUAGUAUGGAGUAGUAUUUAUACACCUAGUAUGGAGUAGUAUUUAUACACCUAGUAUGGAGUAGUAUUUAUACACCUAGUAUGGAGUAGUAUUGAGUGGCGCAGUGGUCUAAGGCACUGCAUCGCAGUGCUAGCUGUGCCACUAGAGAUCCUGGUUCGAAUCCAGGCUCUGUCGUAGCCGGCCGUGACUGGGAGACCCAUGGGGCGGCGCGCAAUUGGCCCAGCGUCGUCCAGGGUAGGGGAGGGAAUGGCCGGCAGGGAUGUAGCUCAGUUGAUAGAGCAUGGCGUUUGCAAGCCAGGGUUGUGGGUUCGAUUCCCACAGGGGGUAUGAAAUAAAAUAAAAUAAUGUAAGUCGCUCUGGAUAAGUGCGUCUGCUAAAUGACGUAAAUGUAAUGUAAAUGUAUUUAUACACAUAUUAUGGAGUAGUAUUUAUACACCUAGUAUGGUGUAGUAUUUAUUCGCCUAGUACGGAGUAGUAUUUAUACACUUAGUACGGAGUAGUAUUUAUACACCUGGUAUGGUGUAGUAUUUAUACACCUAGUAUGGAGUAGUAUUUAUACACAUAGUAUGGAGUAGUAUUUAUUCACCUAGUAUGGAGUAGUAUUUAUACACCUGGUAUGGAGUAGUAUUUAUACACCUAGUAUGGAGUAGUAUUUAUACACCUAGUAUGGAGUAGUAUUUAUACCUAGUAUGGAGUAGUAUUUAUACCUAGUAUGGUGUAGUAUUUAUACACCUAGUAUGGGGUAUUAUUUAUACCCAGUAUGGUGUAGUAUUUAUACACCUAGUAUGGGGUAGUAUUUAUACACCUAGUAUGGAGUAGUAUUUAUACCUAGUAUGGAGUAGAAUUUAUACACCUAGUAUGGAGUAGUAUUUAUACCUAGUAUGGAGUAGUAUUUAUACACCUGGUAUGGAGUAGUAUUUAUACACCUAGUAUGGGGUAGUAUUUAUACACCUAGUAUUGGGUAUUAUUGCAAUGAAGGGGUUUUCUGUUCUGUGAGCAGUAGCACUAGAAAGUAGUGAGGUGAUGUUUUGCUUUGUGUCUUGUAUUCCAGGAGCAUGUGUUCUGGGUUGUGUCUCUGAACACUCUCUUCAUUCUGGUCUUCGGUGAGUACACAAACUAACACUAACUCCCUCUAAAGUAGUACCCUUCUUAAAACCAACUAGCCAGGUAUGGUAAUAGUGCUCAGUAGAAGGCUGUGAGGUUUGACGCUUCUCUGUUUUCUCUUCCAGCGUUCUGUCCAUACCACAUUGGUCACUUCUCUGUCAUGGGACUUGGCUUUGAGGAAUAUGUAAGAAAAAUUCUCUAAUAUACCACUCCUGACUCUCUGUGAAAAACAUAAUGAUAUACAGUACAAAUAUAUUGUAUUUACAAAGAUGAUUGCAUAUUUAAUCGAUAUAGUCAAGAAUAGUCUGUUUACGUUCUGCAUUCAACAAAGUUGGCCUCACCAACAAAGCAAAUAUGGUUGAAUGCUUAUGUCUUGUCCUCUAGGUCCAAGCUUCCCAAUUCGAGGGCCUGAUCACAACCAUCGUAGGGUACAUCCUGCUGGCCAUGACGCUCAUCCUCUGUCACGUAUCCUUCCGCCUACUGACCGAGAUCCCUUCCUGUGACCAUGCAGUGUUUCCAUGGAGACCUUUCCACUGUGUACAAAAGUGUGUGUUUGUCCUUAACUGGUGUCUCUCAGGGGUUCGCUGCUCUGGUCAGGUUUCAGAGGUCCCGCCGUCUACUAGGGGUCUGCUACAUCGUUGUCAAGGUAACGUUUCGGUUUUAAAUCUAGGCUUUUCAUAUUACUGUAAACCCCUAGAAUGACUCGACUAUAAGAACAAAUCUAAAUGAAUGACGUAGGUCAACCUUUUUUAAUGUAAAUCUCCCAUUGACAUCAAUGCAUGAUUUCUGAAUUGCCUGAGUUUCCCCUGGGUCUUCAUAGUCCCUGAGGUCAUGUGUCUGUCAAUGGUGUUUAACGUGGUGUGUCUGUGUUCCAGGUCUCACUGCUUGUUGUCGUGGAGAUAGGAGUUUUCCCCCUCAUCUGUGGCUGGUGGCUCGACAUCUGCUCUUUAGUACGUACAAAUAUUUAGUUCUAUCCCUCUUCUCUCUCCCCCUCUUCUCUUCCAACCAUGCUCUCCAUUUCCCCCACCCCUCUCCUUUUCUUUCCUUUAACGGUUUCCACCUUUUCUUCCGUCCGUUCUGCAGGAGAUGUUUGAUGCGUCUCUGAAGGACAGAGAGCAGAGUUUUAAGUCUGCUCCAGGCACCACCAUGUUCCUGCACUGGCUGGUGGGAAUGGUCUACGUCUUCUAUUUCGCAUCCUUCAUCCUCCUGCUGAGAGAGGUAGGGGACGGAUCACACUUCGGGCCCAGACACAAAUGGUACCCUAUUCCAUUUAUAGUGCACUACUUUGGACCAGAGCCCCAUAUGGCCCUGGUCAAAACUAGUGCACUAAAUAGUGAAUAGGGUGCCAUUUGUGAUGUAGAGUUAAUGUAGUGCACUAUAUAAGGUGUGAUUUGGGACAUGCUCAAUAACCAGGUUUCCAUACAGCCAAUUCAUGAGGGUGAAUUAACUGACACAUAAAAAAUUUAAAAAGAUGCGACCGAGCUGAUGGAAACAGGAAAUGUCGGUACAAUUUCAAUAAAUGUCAGACGAUUUGUUUGUUUGAUAUGGUGGGAUUGUUUUUGUGUCUCAAAUUAAUGAUGUGUGGAAUGUCGAAGGGAACCGCCUUUAUGCGCAAAUAUUGAUAUAAUAAACAUCAUAUCGAAAUAAACUUGGAUUCACGUGGCCAAAGGUAUGUGGACACCCCAUCAAAUUAGUGGAUUAGGCUAUUUCAGCCACACCCGUUGCUUUGCUGACAGGUGUAUAAAAUUGAGCACACAGCCAUGCAAUCUCCAUAGCAAAAACAUUGGCAGUAGAACGGCCUUACUGAAGAGCUCAGUGACUUUCAACGUGGCACCGUCAUAGGAUGCCACCUUUCCAACAAGUCAGUUCGGCAAAUUUCUGCCCUGCUAGAGCUGCCCCGGUCAACUGUAAGUGCUGUUAUUGUGAAGAGGAAACAUCUAGGAGCAACAACGGCUCAGCCGCGAAGUGGUAGGGCUCACAGAACGGGACCGGCGAGUGCUGAAGCGCGUGUCCUCAGUUGCAACACUCACUACUGAGUUCCAAACUGCAUCUGGAAGCAAUGUCAGCACAAUAGCUUUUCAUCGGGAGCUUCAUGCCAGGAGAACGCUACCUGCCCGAAUGCAUAGUGCCAACUGUAAAGGUAAUGGUCUGGGGCUGUUUUUCAUAAUUCGGGCUAGGCACCUUAGUUCCAGUGAAGGGAAAUGUCAACGCUACUGCAUACAAUUACAUUCUAGAUGAUUCUGUGUUUCCAACUUUGUGGCAACAGUUUGGGGAAGGCCCUUCCCUGUUUCAGCAUGACAAUGCCCCCGUGCACAAAGCGAGGUCCAUACAGAAAUGGUUUGUUGAGAUCGGAGUGGAAGGACUUAACUGGCCUGCACAGUGCCCUGACCUCAACCCCAUCGAACACCUUUGGGAUGAAUUGGAACACCGACUGCAAGCCAGGUCUAAUCGCCCAACAUAAGUGCCCGACCUCACUAAUGCUCUUGUGGCUGAUACAUACUUUUGGCCAUGUGGUGUAUGUUGUGUGGUCCUCCCACUAGGACUCGGGAAAGCAUGCAGUUUAUUCGGCUACAGAUAAAAUGUUAUGAUGAACUUCACAAGGUGGUGCAAGUGCACAGUGAUGAGCUUUGAUGCUCCUAUCCAAUAAAUAUUGAGGGUCUCAUUCUGGUGACAUGAUGAUUGAUUCUUCACUAGCCGACCUGCACAGUAUCCGUGAGCUGUUGACUAGAGCGUACGUGCCACAAACCUUUGCUAUUUAAUGCAACAGUUUUUGUUGAAAUGCGAUGGAAACAUAUUAAACUUUAGGCUUUUAUUCGGUACAUGAAAAUGCGUGCGGAAAAAGUAAUUUAUGUGCAUUACGUCAUCACUCACUGAUUUUUAUCCCAAAAAAAUUGCAUAUUUCCCUUAUGCAUAUUUCUGAAUAUUCACAUGAAAUUCUGUUGCCAAUUGGAUGGAAACUUAGUUAUUGACUGGUUUGUUGUAGUGUGCUGUUGAUUAAUUCCUGACUAUAUUGUGGUGCUGUGUUGGGUCAGGUACUGAGGCCUGGGGUCCUGUGGUUUCUGAGAAACCUGAACGAUCCAGACUUCAACCCAGUCCAGGAGAUGAUCCACCUACCAAUCUACAGACACCUCCGCAGGUUCAUCCUGUCUGUGGUCAGUACAUCUACAGACACCUCCGCAGGUUCAUCCUGUCUGUGGUCAGUACAUCUACAGACACCUCCGCAGGUUCAUCCUGUCUGUGGUCAGUACAUCUACAGACACCUCCGCAGGUUCAUCCUGUCUGUGGUCAGUACAUCUACAGACACCUCCGCAGGUUCAUCCUGUCUGUGGUCAGUACAUCUACAGACACCUCCGCAGGUUCAUCCUGUCUGUGGUACGUACAGUGCAUUUGGAAAGUAUUCAGACCCCUUGACUUUUUCCACAUUUUGUUACAUUACAGCCUUAUUCUAAAAUGGAUUUUAAAAAUAAUAAUCCUCAUCACACAAUACCCCAUAAUGACAAAGCAAAAACAGAUGUUUUGCUAAUUUAUUAAAAAUAAAAAAAAGUAUUCAGACCCUUUACUCAGUACUUUGUUGAAGCACCUUUGGCAGCGAUUUACAGCCUCGAGGCUUCAUGGGUAUGACGCUACAAGCUUGGCACACAUGUAUUUGGCGUGUUUCUCCCAUUCUUCUCUGCAGAUUCUCUCAAGCUCUGUGAGGUUGGAUGGGGAGCGUUACUAGACAGCUAUUUUCAGGUCUCUCCAGAGAUGUUCGAUCGGGCUCUGGCUGGGCCACUCAAGGACAUUCAGAGACUUUUCCUGAAGCCACUCCUGCGUUGUCUUGGCUGUGUGCUUAGGGUCGUUGUCCUGUUGGAAGGUGAACCUUCGCCCCAGUUUGAGGUCCUGAGUGCUCUGGAGCAGGUUUUCAUCAAGGAUCUCUGUGUACUUUGCUCCGUUCAUCUUUCCCUCGAUCCUAACUAGUCUCCCAGUCCCUGCCGCUGAAAACCAUCCCCACAGCAUGAUGCUGCCACCACCAUGCUUCACCGUAAGGGAUGGUGCCAGGUUUCCUCCAGACAUGAUGCUUGGCAUUCAGGCCAAAUAGUUCAAUCUUGGUUUCAUCAGACCAGAGAAUCUUGUUUCUCAUGGUCUGAGAGUCUUUAAGUGCCUUUUGGCAAACUCCAAGCGGGCUGUCGUGCCUUUUACUGAGGAGCGGCUUCCGUCUGGCCACUCUACCAUAAUUGGUGGAGUGCUGCAGAGAUGGUUGUCCUUCUGGAAGGUUCUCCCAUCUCCACAGAGGAACUCUGGAGCUCUGUCAGAGUGACCAUCGGGUUCUUGAUCACCUCCCUGACCAAGGCCCUUCUCCCCCGAUUGCUCAGUUUGGCCGGGCGGCCAGCUCUAGGAAGAGUCUUGGUGGUUCCAAACUUCUUCCAUUUUAAGAAUGAUGGAGGCCACUGUGUUCUUGGAGACCUUCAAUGCUGCAGACAUUUUUUGGUACCCUUCCCCAGAUCACUGGAAACAGGAUGCACCUGAGCUCAAUUUCGAGUCUCAUAGUAAAAGGUCUGAAUACUUAUGGAAAUAAGGUAUUCUGGGUUUUGUUUAUACAUUUGCAAACAUUUCUAAAAACCUGUUUUUGCUUUGUCAUUAUGGGGUAUUGUGUGUAGAUGAGGGUUUUUAUUUUAUUUAAUCCAUUUUGGAAAAAGGCUGUAAUGUAACUAAAUGUACAAUGCACUGGACAUCUACAGACCCCUCCGCAGCAGGGUUUCCGUUAGCCGGGAAUAGCCGACCUUUGGCCUGAAAAAUGAAAAGCUGAUCAAAUUGGUGCCGGCAAUUGUUCGGGAGAAGAAGAAAAAGUAAUCCCAUUGCGAAGUUAAUGAAUUUUAGCCUGUUGAAUGAUGGAAAUACCAGGCAAUCGCAUGUAACAAAACAACAACAAUGGCCAACAUUAAAAAGAGCUGCUAUUUUUAUUUCUCAACUGGUAAUUGAAACACUCUUCCCAUUCGCCAUUCAAGUACAACGGCAACUAACCAGGCUUCAGCCUGUCACUCACCACUUUACAAUGAGCUGGAGGCGGUAUGCAUUUUUUAAAAACGUACUUGUGUUUUAAACCUGAACGUUUUACUACAUAUGAAGCAUGUCUUACCUUGCUUUAAAGUAACUUAGCCAAAAUCAAACCAAAUAUGCAGGCAAUUAUUUUAUGAAGACUUCCCUAUACCAUUGAAACCAAUAACCAAUUUUUCUCAUGUUCUAUUGCUUUUUCAAAUCAACUUUCUUUAGUUGUCCAGUAGCCAAAGGCCCAAUCCUAGUCAUAUUAGCAACCCAUUGCUAGUUGUUGCAUAUUUAGAUUUAGGGUAGAAGAUUGACAUAGGCUAGUAAUUUUGCUGUUCGUUACUUGUUGGAUGAGCAAAAGUAAAUGUGGGCAGUUAUUCUAACAUAGGCGGCAUGUGGGUUUCAAGUUUGGGGAAGCUAAGUUUCACCAUAGAAAUGCACCUGUAUAAUAAAGCAUUUGCAGACUUAUGUAAGAUAGCCUACUAUUCCUAAUGUGACGAUUUAGAUUGGAUAGUCAUAAUUUAGGCUAAUAAUAUAACUAAAUCACUGUGCGCAAAAAAUACUGUUCAGUGCAGUGCGUAGUGACUUAGAGUAGACCUAGGCUACACUUCUUCUCCUUUCUUUGCACAGGAAAAUGUUGGCCUUUAAUAAACACAUUUUAUGCAAUUCUACUACACUUUAUAUGACUGGAGACAUUAGCAGAAUCUUUUUUUAAUACGACAAAAAUGACUUGGUAGCCUACUCUGCUGACACUGACAAACAGAUCAAUAAAGACGACGUUGUCUGAUCCAUAUAAUUGGCCUGCAAACAGGGGAGACACAAAUACAACAUGACGUCCAUCUAACCUGAAGGAGGAAAUUAUUGUCCAAAAACAAACAAGUGGCACAGACCCAAUGAUAAAGACAGUGAAUAUGCACACUCACCGGGGAUAUGGCUGAUGUUCUCCGCUGGUGCCAAUAGGAUAGGCUACUUUUCGCUCAAUGAAGUUGAUAAUUUUGAUAACUAAAAGACAGAUUGGAGUCUUCUCUUUACAGCAAUAGCCAUUUGUUUCCCAAACUGUUUUUCCGCGAUUGUAUUUAUAAAUAUUGCGAUAUGCCUGGCUGGGUCUCUCUGCUUUUCACUGACAGUCGCAACUCAACAAUCAUCUAUUUGGUAUUUACUGCACGCUGCCCAAAUUGCAGGCCUUUCCAACUGUAGGCUAUGCCAUUUAAAACAAUCCACAUGUAAACAUUUAAAAAAGAAGUUAAUGAUCCUCUGUGACCAAAUUAUGCUUUUUGGUGUAUUAGGCUAUUUUGAAAGAUUUUUUUUAUUUCUGUAUAGACAGGGGUAAGCUAAUUAGGCUAUAUAAUUUAGGCAAUUUAAAUUUACUUUAGGGAAAGCUUCCCCUAGCCUUAUGGACAUGCAUUCUAACAUCUCAUCGGAAUUCGGUAAGAAUGAUGCACGCCAUUUGCAUCCGACUUGCAUGUUCUGUUAAGAUGAAUUACCAUAAACUAAAUGUGAUUUCUGUCAUUCUGAGAAACGUGGGUGGACGGCCUAAUCAGGUUACGCAACCAAUGCAUAUUGGUCCGGUCAAUUUCUUAAAUGUCCGGUAAAUAAAAAUGCUGCCUCCGCAGGUUCAUCCAGUCUGUGGUCCGUUCAUCUACAGACAGAUGUGUUGGUCAAAAGUAGUUAUAUGCAGCUAUGGCUCUGAUCAUUAAAAGGUGUAUGAUGUAUGAUCUCUCCUCUCCUAGGUGGUGUUUGGUUCUAUCGUUCUCCUGAUGUUGUGGCUGCCCAUCAGGAUGAUCAAGCUACUCCUCCCUGCUUUCCUUCCCUACAACGUCAUGCUUUACAGGUACACUCACUCCUUCCUUCCCUACAACGUCAUGCUUUACAGGUACACUCACUCCUUCCUUCCCUACAACAUCAUGCUUUACAGGUACACUCACUCCUUCCUUCCCUACAACAUCAUGCUUUACAGGUACACUCACUCCUUCCUUCCCUACAACAUCAUGCUUUACAGAGAUACUCCUUCCUUCCCUACAACAUCAUGCUUUACAGGUACACUCACUCCUUCCUUCCCUACAACAUCAUGCUUUACAGGGACACUCACUCCUUCCUUCCCUACAACAUCAUGCUUUACAGGUACACUCACUCCUUCCUUCCCUACAAAAUCAUGCUUUACAGAGAUACUCCUUCCUUCCCUACAACAUCAUGCUUUAUAGGGACACUCACUCCUUCCUUCCCUACAACGUCAUGCUUUACAGGUACACUCACUCCUUCCUUCCCUACAACAUCAUGCUUUACAGGGACACUCACUCCUUCCUUCCCUACAACGUCAUGCUUUACAGGUACACUCACUCCUUCCUUCCCUACAACGUCAUGCUUUACAGGGACACUCCUUCCUUCCCUACAACAUCAUGCUUUACAGGUACACUCACUCCUUCCUUCCCUACAACAUCAUGCUUUACAGGUACACUCACUCCUUCCUUCCCUACAACAUCAUGCUUUACAGGUACACUCACUCCUUCCUUCCCUACAACGUCAUGCUUUACAGGUACACUCACUCCUUCCUUCCCUACAACGUCAUGCUUUAAAGGUACACUCACUCCUUCCUUCCCUACAACGUCAUGCUUUACAGGUACACUCACUCCUUCCUUCCCUACAACAUCAUGCUUUACAGGUACACUCACUCCUUCCUUCCCUACAACAUCAUGCUUUACAGGUACACUCACUCCUUCCUUCCCUACAACAUCAUGCUUUACAGAGACACUCCUUCCUUCCCUACAACAUCAUGCUUUACAGGGACACUCACUCCUUCCAUCCCUACAACAUCAUGCUUUACAGGUACACUCCUUCCUUCCCUAAAACAUCAUGCUUUACAGGUACACUCACUCCUUCCUUCCCUACAACAUCAUGCUUUACAGGUACACUCCUUCCUUCCCUACAACAUCAUGCUUUACAGGUACACUCACUCCUUCCUUCCCUACAACAUCAUGCUUUACAGGUACACUCACUCCUUCCCUACAACAUCAUGCUUUACAGGUACACUCACUCCUUCCUUCCCUACAACAUCAUGCUUUACAGGUACACUCCUUCCUUCCCUAAAACAUCAUGCUUUACAGGUACACUCACUCCUUCCUUCCCUACAAUAUCAUGCUUUACAGGUACACUCCUUCCUUCCCUAAAACAUCAUGCUUUACAGGUACACUCACUCCUUCCUUCCCUACAAUAUCAUGCUUUACAGGUACACUCACUCCUUCCUUCCCUACAAUAUCAUGCUUUACAGAGACACUCCUUCCUUCCCUAAAACAUCAUGCUUUACAGGUACACUCACUCCUUCCUUCCCUACAACAUCAUGCUUUACAGGGACACUCACUCCAUCCUUCCCUACAACAUCAUGCUUUACAGGUACACUCACUCCUUCCUUCCCUACAACAUCAUGCUUUACAGGUACACUCCUUCCUUCCCUAAAACAUCAUGCUUUACAGGUACACUCACUCCUUCCUUCCCUACAAUAUCAUGCUUUACAGGUACACUCCUUCCUUCCCUAAAACAUCAUGCUUUACAGGUACACUCACUCCUUCCUUCCCUACAAUAUCAUGCUUUACAGGUACACUCACUCCUUCCUUCCCUACAAUAUCAUGCUUUACAGAGACACUCCUUCCUUCCCUAAAACAUCAUGCUUUACAGGUACACUCACUCCUUCCUUCCCUACAACAUCAUGCUUUACAGGUACACUCACUCCAUCCUUCCCUACAACAUCAUGCUUUACAGGUACACUCACUCCUUCCUUCCCUACAACAUCAUGCUUUACAGGGACACUCCUUCCUUCCCUAAAACAUCAUGCUUUACAGGUACACUCACUCCUUCCUUCCCUACAAUAUCAUGCUUUACAGGUACACUCACUCCAUCCUUCCCUACAACAUCAUGCUUUACAGGGACACUCAUUCUUUCCUUCCCUACAACAUCAUGCUUUACAGGGACACUAACAUGGCUCAACUGUGGCCAGCAAUGGUCACCAACCCUGGUACUGGAGAGCUGCAUUGUGUGCAGGUUUUUUUCCAGCCCAGCAUCUAAAUACCUAGGAAUGUACUGUAGAUGUAUACCCGGUAAGUGAUGUACCUUCCCCCUCCUCUCUCGCUCUCCCCCCUCCUCUCUCUCUCUCCCCCCUCCUCUCUCUCUCUCCCCCCCUACUCAUCUUCCUCCACACUGAAGAUCUCGAGCUCAAACCUACUGUCUAGGAGCCCCCCCCUCUGCUCCGCUCUCCCCCUCCUCUCUCCCCCUCCUCCGCUCUCUUCUCCCCCCCUCCCCUCUCUCUCUCCCCCCUCCUCUCUCCUUUCCUCCAGUGAUGCUCCAGUCAGUGAGCUGUCUCUGGAGCUGUUGCUGCUGCAGGUGGUUCUGCCAGCUCUCCUGGAACAGGGUCACACACGCCAGUGGCUCAAAGGUCUGGUCAGAGCCUGGACCGUAACCGCUGGAUACCUACUGUAAGUCUAUACACACUAUACACUACACCUAUGCACACUAUACACUACACCUGUACACACUUAUACACACUCCCAAAGUGUUCUUUCAUUGUAACUACAGACCCGUAACAUGAAGUAUAUAUUUGUUAGCUAACCUUCAUUCUGCUCUCCUAUCUCCCCCUCUGCCCCCUCUCCUAUCUCCCCCCUCUGCCCCCUCUCCUAAUCCUCCUCUUCUCCUCCUCCCACUCCUCCCCCUAUCCUCUUCCCUCCCUCCUAAUCCUCCUCUUCUCCUCCUCUCCCCACUCCUCCUCCCCCCUAUCCUCCUCCUCCUGCCCCUCUAACCCCCCUCUCCUAAUCCUCCUCCUCUCCCCUCUCCUCCUCCUCCUCUCCUAAUCAUCUUCUUCUCCUCCUCUCCCCACUCCUCCCCCCUAUCCUCCUCCUCCUCCCCUCUCUCCUUUCAGAGACCUCCACUCUUACCUGCUGGGAGAACAGGAAGACGACGAGGCUAACCAGCCUGUCAACAACAACAACAACCCUGCUCCCGGUCACCACAACAACAACGCUAACCCCGCCCCUGCUGUGGGGGAGGGGCUUCAUGCAGCCCAUCAGGCCAUACUACAGCAGGGAGGACCUAUAGGCUUCCAACCCUACCACCGGCCCCUACGCUUCCCCUUUAGGGUCAGUUACACUACACACUACCUUAACACUUAACCCGUAUACCCUUAACCAGGGCUGCCCAACCCUCUUCCUGGAGAUCUACUGUCCUGUAGGUUUUCAGUCCAACCCUCUUCCUGGAGAUCUACUGUCCUGUAGGUUUUCAGUCCAACCCUCUUCCUGGAGAUCUACUGUCCUGUAGGUUUUCAGUCCAACCCUCUUCCUGGAGAUCUACUGUCCUGUAGGUUUUCAGUCCAACCCUCUUCCUGGAGAUCUACUGUCCUGUAGGUUUUCAGUCCAACCCUCUUCCUGGAGAUCUACUGUCCUGUAGGUUUUCAGUCCAACCCUCUUCCCGGAGAUCUACUGUCCUGUAGGUUUUCAGUCCAACCCUCUUCCCGGAGAACUACUGUCCUGUAGGUUUUCAGUCCAACCCUCUUCCUGGAGAUCUACUGUCCUGUAGGUUUUCAGUCCAACCCUCUUCCUGGAGAUCUACUGUCCUGUAGGUUUUCAGUCCAACCCUCUUCCUGGAGAUCUACUGUCCUGUAGGUUUUCAGUCCAACCCUCUUCCUGGAGAUCUACUGUCCUGUAGGUUUUCAGUCCAACCCUCUUCCUGGAGAUCUACUGUCCUGUAGGUUUUCAGUCCAACCCUCUUCCUGGAGAUCUACUGUCCUGUAGGUUUUCAGUCCAACCCUCUUCCUGGAGAACUACUGUCCUGUAGGUUUUCAGUCCAACCCUCUUCCUGGAGAUCUACUGUCCUGUAGGUUUUCAGUCCAACCCUCUUCCUGGAGAUCUACUGUCCUGUAGGUUUUCAGUCCAACCCUCUUCCUGGAGAUCUACUGUCCUGUAGGUUUUCAGUCCAACCCUCUUCCUGGAGAUCUACUGUCCUGUAGGUUUUCAGUCCAACCCUCUUCCUGGAGAUCUACUGUCCUGUAGGUUUUCAGUCCAACCCUCUUACUGGAGAUCUACUGUCCUGUAGGUUUUCAGUCCAACCCUCUUACUGGAGAUCUACUGUCCUGUAGGUUUUCAGUCCAACCCUCUUCCUGGAGAUCUACUGUCCUGUAGGUUUUCAGUCCAACCCUCUUCCUGGAGAUCUACUGUCCUGUAGGUUUUCAGUCCAACCCUCUUCCUGGAGAUCUACUGUCCUGUAGGUUUUCAGUCCAACCCUCUUCCUGGAGAUCUACUGUCCUGUAGGUUUUCAGUCCAACCCUCUUCCUGGAGAUCUACUGUCCUGUAGGUUUUCAGUCCAACCCUCUUCCUGGAGAACUACUGUCCUGUAGGUUUUCAGUCCAACCCGCUUCCUGGAGAUCUACUGUCCUGUAGGUUUUCAGUCCAACCCUCUUCCUGGAGAUCUACUGUCCUGUAGGUUUUCAGUCCAACCCUCUUCCUGGAGAUCUACUGUCCUGUAGGUUUUCAGUCCAACCCUAACUUAGCGUAUCUGAUUCAGCUAGUUAAGGUCUUGUUGAGCAGCUAAUAAGUAGAAUCAGGUGUGUUAAAUUAGGGUUGGACUGAAAACCCACAGGACGGUAGAUUGCCAGGAAGAGGGUUGGACAGCCCUGCACUACACCCUACCACCGACCCUUCCACUUUCCCCUCAGGACAAGUUACCACUUGAAUGUCUCUCUCUCUUGUUUGUAGAUCGUCCUGCUGAUAGGGUUCAUGUGUGUCACCCUGCUGGUGUCCAGUCUGCUGUGUCUGACGUUACCAGGUGAGACAUCAACCUUAGUCACUGUUGGGGAGUAGUGAACUACAUGUAGUUCAACUGGUAAUUUAACUAGAUUUUGCAGUAGCUUGGUGGUCGUUGAAAUAAAUUCAAAUAUUGCAGUGGAGGCUGGUGGAAGGAGCUAUAGGAGGACGGGCUCACUGUAAUGGCUGGAAUUGAAUAAAUGGAACAUUAUCAAACACAGCAAAGAAAUGGAAACCACGUUUGACUCCGUUCCAUUGAUCGCAUUCCAGCCAUUACAAUGACCCCGUCCUCCUAUAGCUCCUCCCACCAGCCUCCACUGAAAUCUUGGUAGUGUUUUCAGUAAUUGGCUCCCGAGUGGCGCAGCGGUCUAAGGCUGCAUCUCCGUGCUUGAGGCGUCACUACAGACCCCCUGGUUCGAUUCCAGGCUGUAUCACAACUGGCCGUGAUUGGGAGUCCCAUGGGGCGGCGCACAAUUGGCCCAGCGUCGUCCGGGUUUGGUCGGUGUAGGCCGUCAUUGUGAAUAAGAAAUUGUUCUUAACUAACUUGCCAUAUAGCAGUGUAGCUAACAACAGGAACUAUACACUACUUUUUUUGCUGAAAUAAAAUAUGGGUAAAAUAGUCAAGAAUUUCCUUUCUUUUUCUGCAUUAGACCGGCCUAAUUCUCACUUGAAACAUAUUUUUUUGUGUUUUAAUAGGCUAAAUUACACAUUCUGUUAACAUCUGACUCCAUAGUGAUAUGUUUAGAUAUGAUAAUUUAUCACGAAGUAGUUUGGAUGUAGUGAACUACUUUUUCAAAUUAACUUUGGUUAAGUAAACUGUAUUUUUCUUAAGGGUAGCUUAACUUCUUCCAGUGUGAAGUAAUUGGUAGCUUGGUGAACUAUAUUUUCAGAGUAGCUUCCCCAACACUGACCGUACUCUCGCUCUCAUCUAUCGACACACCUUCGCAGUAUUGUUUUAAAUCUAAUUGAACUGAGCUGAAAAAAGUGGACUUUGUUGAUCUCAAUACUGGAGUACUUCUUCAGGAAUCUCACCUGGAAUGACUAACCUGAAUGUCUCGAAAGGACACUAAAGGCCAUCGUUAUGUUUUUAAUGUGUUGAAGUGUUUGCGGGCCGUUGGCUGAUGUCGUUCUGGACAGGCAGCUCUAAGAUCCAUGAGCUGUAUACAGCGGCGUGUGGUCUGUACGUGUGCUGGCUGUCCAUCCGCGGUGCCACCGUUCUACUGGCCUGGAUGCCCCAGGGACGCACCAUCAUCAUGAUCAAAGUCCAGGAGUGGAGCCUCAUGGUAAGAGUAGAUGUAUUAGUUAUACUAUAUUAUCUAUUAGUUAUACUAUUAUGUAUUAUGUAGUCCCCUGUAGCUCAGUUGGUAGAGUAUGGUGCUUGCAACGCCAGGGUUGUGGGUUCGUUUCCCACCGGGGGCCAGUAUGAAAAUGUAUGCACUCACUUAACUUUAAGUCGCUCUGGAUAAGAGCUUCUGUUAAAUGACAAAAAAUAUAUAUAUAGGGUUUUCGUUAAUGGAAGCCUCUCUCAUGCAAAUUCAGUUGAGUGUGGUGUACCGCAGGGCAGCCGGCUAGGGCCAUUAUUGUUUUCUGUUUUUACAAAUUACCUUCCACUGAACUUGAAUAAAGCCUGUGUGUCUAUGUAGGCUGAUGACUCAACAGUAAACACGUCGGCUGCAACAGUAAAAUAAAUAACUGAGACAUUUAACAUAGAGCUCCAGUCAGUUUUAGAAUGGGAAACUAGCAAUAAGCUGGUGCUAAAUAUCUCAAACUAAAAGCAUUAUUUUUGGGACAAAUCACUCGCUCAACGCUAAACCUAAUUUAGAUAUAUUAUUGAAUAAUGUGGCUAUUGAGCAAGUUAGGAGACUAAACUGCUGGGUGUAACCCUAGAUAGCAAGCUUUCGUGGUCAAAACUUAUAGGCUCAAUGGUUGCUCAAAUGGGAAGAGGUCUGUCCAUGAUAGGGCGUUGCUCUGCCUUCUUGACAUCUCAGUCGACCAGACAGGUCCUACAGGCCGUAGUUUUGUCACACCUUGACUACUGCCCUAGCUGUGUGGUCAUGUGCGGCAAAGGACAUGGGUCAAUUGCAAUUGUUCCAGAACAAAGCAGCACGUAUCGCACUUAGAUGUACACGGAGGGAAAGUAUAGUUGAAGUCGGAAGUUUACAUACACUUAGGUUGGAGUCAUUAAAACUCGUUUUUCAAGCACUCCACAAAUUUCAUGUUAACAAACUAUAGUUUUGGCAAGUUGGUUAGGACAUCUACUUUGUGCAUGACACAAGUCAUUUUUCCAACAAUUGUUUACAGACAGAUUGUUUCACAUAUAAUUCACUGUAUCACAAUUCCAGUGGGUCAGAAGUUUUUUACAUACACUAAGUUGACUGUGCCUUUAAAUAGCUUGGAAAAUUCCAGAAAAUGACAUCAUGGCUUUAGAAGCUUCUGAUAGGCUAAUUGACAUAAUUUGAGUCAAUUGGAGGUGUACACACUGGAUGUAUUUCAAGGCCUACCUUCAAACUCAGUGCCUCUUUGCUUGAUAUCAUGGGAAAAUCAAAAGAAAUCAGCCAAGACCUCAGAAAACAAAUUGUAGACCUCCACAAGCCUGGUUCAUCCUUGAGAGCAAUUUCCAAACGCCUGAAGGUACCACGUUCAUCUGUACAAACAAUAGUACGCAAGUAUAAACACCAUAGGACCACGCAGCCGUCACACCACUCAGGAAGGAGACGCGUUCUGUCUCCUAGAGAUGAACGUACUUUGGUGCGAAAAGUGCAAAUAAAUCCCAGAACAACAGCAAAGGACCUUGUGAAGAUGCUGGAGGAAACGGGUACAAAAGUAUCUAUAUCCACAGUAAAAAGAGUCCUAUAUCGACAUAACCUGAAAGGCCGCUCAGCAAGGAAGAAGCCACUGCUCCAAAACCGCCAUAAAAAAGCCAGACUACGGUUUGCAACUGCACAUGGGGACAAAGAUCGUACUUUUUGGAGAAAUGUCCUCUGGUCUGAUGAAACAAAAAUAGAACUGUUUGGCCAUAAUGACCAUCAUUAUGUUUGGAGGGAAAAGGGGGUCGCUUGCAAGCCGAAGAACACUAUCCCAACCGUGAAGCACGGGGGUGGCAGCAUCAUGCAGUGGGGGUGCUUUGCUGCAGGAGGGACUGGUGCAUUUCACAAAAUAGAUGGCAUCAUGAGGAAGGAUUAAUUAUGGAUAUAUUGAAGCAACAUCUCAAGACAUCAGUCAGGAAGUUAAAGCUUGGUCUCAUGGGUAUUCCAAGUGGACAAUGACCCCAAGCAUACUUCCAAAGUUGUGGCAAAAUGGCUUAAGGACAACAAAGUCAAGGUAUUGGAGUGGCCAUCACAAAGCCCUGACCUCAGUCCUAUAGAACAUUUGUGGGCAGAACUGAAAAAGCGUGUGCAAGCAAGGAGGCCUACAAACGUGACUCAGUUACACCAGCUCUGUCAGGAGGAAUGGGCCAAAUUUCACCCAACUUAUUGUAGGAAGCUUGUGGAAGGCUACCCGAAACGUUUGACUCAAGUUAAACAAUUUAAAGGCAAUGCUACCAAAUACUAAUUGAGUAUAUGUAAACUUGUGACCCACUGGGAAUGUGAUGAAAUAAAUAAAAGCUGAAAUAAAUCAUUCUCUCUACAAUUAUUCUGACAUUUCACAUUCUUAAAAUAAAGUGGUGAUCCUAACUGACCUAAGACAGGGAAUUUUUACUAGGAUUAAAUGUCAGGAAUUGUGAAAAACUGAGUUUAAAUGUAUUUGGCUAAGGGGUAUGUAAACUUCCAACUUCAACUGUAUCAGUAACAUGCAUGUCAGUCUCUCCUGGCUCAAAGUUGAGGAGAGAUUGACUGCAUCACUAUUGGUCUUUGUGCAAGGUAUUGAUGUGUUGAAGGUACCGAACGGUCUGUUCAAGCAGUUGCAACACCGUUCGGACACUCAUCGGUACAACACAAGACAUGCAACCAAGAGGUCUCUUCACAGUCCCCAGGUCCAGAACAGAGGCUGGGAAACACAGUUUUAAAUAGAGCCAUGACUACAUGGAACUCUGCCACCCCAGGUAACUCAAGCUAGCAAUAAAACCAGUUUAAAAAACCCCCACAAAACUUACCUUACUGCACAAAGGGGACUGUGAAGAGAAACAGCCAUUUUAUAUAUGCUAUAUUGUAAUUUGCACUGUACUAUGUAUUAGACCUAGAUAUUAUGUGUAUGUACUCAUAUGUAGACUGUGUGACGUUUUAGAUUGUGUUUCAGUCCUUGACUAAUAAUGUUCUGUACUAUGUAUUACGUAAUGUUUCAUGUGGACCCGAGGAAGAGUAGCUGAUGCUUUUGCAGCGGCUAAUGGGGAUCCUAAUAAAUACCAAAUCCACUCUGCCGGAACUGUAUAUGGACGAAGAUACACUGUAGUAGGCUGUAAUAGUUAUGGAGGUGGAUGGCCAUGCCAAGAUCAUUUAUAUUUCAACAUCCAAUCACGUCUUACCUUUUUGUGUGUGUGUGUAGAUCCUGAAGACACUGGUAGUAGCGUUGCUAGUGGCUGGUGUUAUCCCUCUACUGCUGGGCCUGCUGUUUGAACUGGUCAUCGUGGCUCCCCUACGCGUUCCUCUGGACCAGACGCCUCUCCUCUACCCCUGGCAGGUACACUGUGUGUGUGUGUGUGUGUGUGUGUGCGUUCAAUAGUAAAGAUCACAGUUUUUUUUUAAUAUGGUAUCUUUUGUGUGUGUGUAGGACUGGGCUCUGGGGGUACUCCAUGCCAAAAUCAUCGCUGCCAUCACCCUCAUGGGUCCACAGUGGUGGCUGAAGACUGUCAUAGAACAGGUGUGUUACCCUACACCACGUCAUUAUCCCUUAACCUAAUAUAGAACUACUAUUAUCAAUCUCACACUUAAGUUUGACCAACUCUUUCCUUUCUGACUACCGGUAAUUGAACCUGUGGAAUGGAAGCGAAUUAGACAUUUUUCUCUUCCCCCUACGUGAACAAUACAGCGUUUGACCUUGUGUAAAGUGACCCGUGAGGGAUAACAUUGCCACCUCUCCUCCUGUCAGGUGUAUGCUAACGGCAUCAGGAACAUCGACCUCCAUUUCAUCAUCUGUAAGCUGGCUGCCCCUGUCAUCUCAGUGCUGCUGCUGUCCCUCUGUGUCCCCUACGUCAUAGCAGCCGGGGUCGUACCUGCCGUAGGUAAGUCAGCAGUGUGCGUGUGUUUGUUUGCAUGCGUGCAUGUUUAUGGGAAGUGUUUGCAUGCACACGUGUGGGUGGUAUGACGUGUUUAGCUCUAUUGGCUCUGCUAAUAGCUCUAUAAACCUCCUGGUGAGACUCCAGAGAUAACUCUGCUAAUAGCUCUAUACCCCUCCUGGUGAGACUCCAGAGAUAACUCUGUUAAUAGCUCUAUAACCCUCCUGGUGAGACUCCAGAGAUAACUCUGUUAAUAGCUCUAUAACCCUCCUGGUGAGACUCCAGAGAUAACUCUGUUAAUGGCUCUACAGUGGGGGAAAAAAGUAUUUAGUCAGCCACCAAUUGUGCAAGUUCUCCCACUUAAAAAGAUGAGAGAGGCCUGUAAUUUUCAUCAUAGGUACACGUCAACUAUGACAGACAAAAUGAGAGAAAAAAAAUCCAGAGAAUCACAUUGUAGGAUUUCUAAUGAAUUUAUUUGCAAAUUAUGGUGGAAAAAUAAGUAUUUGGUCAAUAACAAAAGUUUCUCAAUACUUUGUUAUAUACCCUUUGUUGGCAAUGACACAGGUCAAACGUUUUCUGUAAGUCUUCACAAGGUUUUCACACACUGUUGCUGGUAUUUUGGCCCAUUCCUCCAUGCAGAUCUCCUCUAGAGCAGUGAUGUUUUGGGGCUGUCGCUGGGCAACACAGACUUUCAACUCCCUCCAAAGAUUUUCUAUGGGGUUGAGAUCUGGAGACUGGGUAGGCCACUCCAGGACCUUGAAAUGCUUCUUACGAAGCCACUCCUUCGUUGCCUGGGCGGUGUGUUUGGGAUCAUUGUCAUGCUGAAAGACCCAGCCACGUUUCAUCUUCAAUGCCCUUGCUGAUGGAAGGAGGUUUUCACUCAAAAUCUCACGAUACAUGGCCCCAUUCAUUCUUUCCUUUACACGGAUCAGUCGUCCUGGUCCCUUUGCAGAAAAAACAGCCCCAAAGCAUGAUGUUUCCACCCCCUUGCUUCACAGUAGGUAUGGUGUUCUUUGGAUGCAACUCAGCAUUCUUUGUCCUCCAAACACGACGAGUUGAGUUUUUACCAAAAAGUUAUAUUUUGGUUUCAUCUGACCAUAUGACAUUCUCCCAAUCCUCUUCUGGAUCAUCCAAAUGCACUCUAGCAAACUUCAGACGGGCCUGGACAUGUACUGGCUUAAGCAGGGGGACACGUCUGGCACUGCAGGAUUUGAGUCCCUGGCGGCGUAGUGUGUUACUGAUGGUAGGCUUUGUUACUUUGGUCCCAGCUCUCUGCAGGUCAUUCACUAGGUCCCCCCGUGUGGUUCUGGGAUUUUUGCUCACCAUUCUUGUGAUCAUUUUGACCCCACGGGGUGAGAUCUUGCGUGGAGCCCCAGAUCGAGGGAGAUUAUCAGUGGUCUUGUAUGUCUUCCAUUUCCUAAUAAUUGCUCCCACAGUUGAUUUCUUCAAACCAAGCUGCUUACCUAUUGCAGAUUCAGUCUUCCCAGCCUGGUGCAGGUCUACAAUUUUGUUUCUGGUGUCCUUUGACAGCUCUUUGGUCUUGGCCAUAGUGGAGUUUGGAGUGUGACUGUUUGAGGUUGUGGACAGGUGUCUUUUAUACUGAUAACAAGUUCAAACAGGUGCCAUUAAUACAGGUAAUGCGUGGAGGACAGAGGAGCCUCUUAAAGAAGAAGUUACAGGUCUGUGAGAGCCAGAAAUCUUGCUUGUUUGUAGGUGACCAAAUACUUAUUUUCCACCAUAAUUUGCAAAUAAAUUCAUUAAAAAUCCUACAAUGUGAUUUUCUGGAUAUUUUUUUUUCUUCUCAAUUUGUCUGUCAUAGUUGACGUGUACCUAUGAUGAAAAUUACAGGCCUCUCUCAUCUUUUUAAGUGGGAGAACUUGCACAAUUGGUGGCUGACUAAAUACUUUUUCCCCCACUGUAUAACCCUCCUGGUGUGACUCCAGAGAUAACUCUGUUAAUAGCUCUAUAUCCUCCUGGUGUGUGAGGUGUGACUCCAGAGAUAACUCUGUUAAUAGCUCUAUAUCCUCCUGGUGUGUGAGGUGUGACUCCAGAGAUAACUCUGUUAAUAGCUCUAUAUCCUCCUGGUGUGUCAGGUCUGUCAGGUGUGUCAGGUGUGACUCCAGAGAUGCAGAUUCUGAUACAGAGGAGGAUCUACCCAUUCCUCCUGAUGGUGGUGUCCAUCAUUGGCAUCCUGUCCUUCCAGAUACGACAGUUCAAACGCCUUUACGAACACAUCAAGAACGAUAAGUAAGCACCCACCCCUAUCUCCGUACCUGGCAUGUUCAUUCAGAGCUCCUUGUACAGGGAUAGUACAACCCUGGUCCUGGGGAGCUUCAGGAUAUGCUGGCUUUUUUUCCAGCCCAGCACUACCAUACCUGAUUUAACUAUUCAAGGUCUUGAUCUGCAGCUGACACACAAACUAGGUAAAUGCUCUAGUAUUGUGAUUUGACAUGUGACUAUUUUUUCCCAUGUGCCCUCUUUGCCUUCCUGCAGGUACCUGGUUGGCCAGCGGCUUGUCAACUACGAACGCAAGGCUAGGGGAACCAGCUCUGUCCUGCCCCCUAACUCAAUCCCAGAGUAGUCAAGUUUGCUUUUGGAAACCACCCCUCUCUCUCCCUCUCCCUCUCCCUCUCCUCCACCUCCCGCUCUCCUUCUUUCUUCCCGCCCUCCCGCCUCUCCUUCUUCCCCCCUCCCGUCUCCUUCUUCCGCUCCCUCCCCGCUCUCCUUCUUCACCCUCCCUCCCUCCCUCCCGCCUCCUUCCUUCCCGUCCCUCCCUCCCUCCCGCCUCUUCCUUUGUCUUCCCUCCCCUCCCUCCCUCCCGGCUCUCCUUCUUCUUCCUCCCCCGCUCUCCUUCUUCCCUCUUCUUCCCUCCCGCUCUCCUCCUCCCUCCCUCCCGCUCUUCCUCCCGUCCGCUCCCUCCACCUCCUCCCGCCAGCUCUCCUCCCUCCCUCCCUCUCCCUCUCCCUCCUCUCCCUCACGCUCUCCUUCUUCCCUCCCUCCCGCUCUCCUUCUCUCUCUCUCCUUCCCCCCCUCUCAGUCAUGUUCAUGCCUUGCUAAGUGUUAAGUGCAACCUGAGAAUUGUACAUGUGUAAAUACUUUGGACGCAGACUUGUCUGAAAUUGGACAGAUUUUGAUUAAUGCAAUGACCAUUGUACAUCUUAAGUGUAUGUAUAUUAAUUUAUUAAAUCAAACAGACAAUUUGUUUCUGUCUUGUUGUUUUUCAUGAAAAAAUACUUAAUACAUGAUGGGGGGUGGUGUGAUAGCUUCAUCCUUUGGGACAAGUGGAGAUUCCAGCACGAUUCCGAACUCCUCCUUUAGUAUGUCGGGAAUCUCUUCCUCAGUCAGCUCUCUGGUCGUUUUAGUCACAUUCCCUCCUUCCUCUGAGGGAAACUUGGUGGUGAUGAGUCUGUGGCCCAUGUAGGUGAGCCUCCCGGUGGGCUUCAGGAUGGAGCAGAGAGACUUACAGAAGAAGAUGGAGCUAGGGGAGCUCUGAUGGUAGUCACACAUCUCUAUGAAGUCUUCUCUGCAGCGUGUAUCCAGAGUGAACUUGUAUAGCUCAGUCCAGAGCCCAGUUUCUCUCUUCUCUUCAUCUUGCCACUCCAGAAAGCGCAUCUCUCCCUCUUGUCUGAUCCUGUACACUCUGUGGCCCUGCUUCUGGGGUUCUUCAGUCUCUAAGGACAUGGGGAACUCGAACCCUGACCCACCAAAUCCCACGUCACUCAGCCACCGGUGCCCCUCGAGCGUCACCAUUGAGAUUAAGUGGUCGUUCGGCGGGCCAUACCGCCCUGUGAUGGCGUUUCUCACCUGUCCCGCUAGGAUGGUGACCUCGAAUCCCAUUUCUGACAGAAACCAGGAGAACAGCCCGUUAUUCUCGAAGCAGAACCCUCCGCGGCGGUGGUUAACAAUUUUAUCAUAGAGGUGCGGGAGGUCGAGUCGGACGCGCCCCCCGCUGUGGAUGGUGAGGUUCUCGAACGGGACAGUCCUCAGUUGACAGCAGUGUACACGCUGGAGCGCGUCCAGGGUCGGCGUUGGCAAAGCUGGUCCCGCGUACCCAAUGCGUAG